AGCUCGGGCCGCGUCCCACCCCUCCCGGUUGUCAUGGGGACGCCCGCUCGCUCCGAGGCCCGCCUUCAGGGUGGUGCCGGCUCUUGGUUCCUCCCCUCAUGUAAUUCUACUUCCGCUCGGGGAAAGAUCGUUUCCGGUGCCUCUGUGGCGCACUGCCCGGCACCAUGGCGGCUAAGCGGCCCCUGCGGGUUUUGUGCCUGGCGGGCUUUCGGCAGAGCGAGCUGGGCUUCCGCGAGAAGACUGGAGCGCUGAGAAAGGCGCUGCGGGGCCGCGCCGAGCUCGUGUGCCUCAGUGGCCCGCACCCCGUUCCCCACGCGGCGGGCCCCGAGGGUGCCGGCCCAGACUCCGGGCGCUGCCCUUCGGAGGAGCAGCCUCGAGGCUGGUGGUUUUCAGAGCAGGACGCAGACGUUUUCUCCGCGCUGGAAGAGCCCACAGUGUGCAGGGGUCUGGAGGAGGCCCUGGGAACGGUGGCACAGGCACUGAACAAGCUGGGGCCUUUUGACGGGCUCCUUGGUUUCAGCCAGGGUGCUGCACUCGCAGCUCUUGUGUGUGCUCUGGGCCAGGCGGGAGAUCCCCGCUUCCCCUUGCCAAGAUUUAUCAUCCUGGUGUCUGGUUUCUGUCCUCGGGGCCUUGGCCUCAAAGAACCCAUCCUGCAGGGCCCCUUGUCACUGCCUUCACUCCAUGUUUUUGGGGACACUGACAGAGUCAUCCCUUCUCAUGAGAGUAUGCAACUGGCAAGCCGAUUCCUUGGAGCCAUCACCCUCACCCACUCUGGUGGCCACUUCAUUCCAGUGUCCGCACUCCAGCGCCAGGCCUACCUCAAGUUCUUGGACCAGUUUGCAGAGUGAAAGAUCAACAAAUGUCUCUACCGGUCCAUCUCCCCUUGGGGCAGCCUCUGUAAUCUGUGCAUUCUCCUGGCACCUCCACUGCUUUUCGUGCUCCUCAUCACAACCAGCUAAGAGAUAGCUAUUAAUUCUCAGGACUCAAAUUAUGUGAGCACUGUCCUGUAUUUGAGAAAAGGGGAGCAGAAGGCCUUACUUUGCCUGUGAUUUCUGAUACUCAAACAUGAAAAAGCCUAGAGAGCUGUGGAUGAGAGGAAGUUUACAUGGAAAAGUAGGGACUGGCACCCCUGUGAUUGCUACACAAUAAAGUGGUGAUUUGGA